CGGAGCGGUCGGACACCCUUUCACCUGCAUGACCUCACGCGAUUGCCUGAUUCGUCGCCAACUCUUGAGCGGACCUCUUCAGUUCCUCCCGAGGUCUGCUCUUCGUUUCACGGCCUGCACACAAUCUUGAUUGCCUACUAACUAUACACUACUAAUCACACCACCCCGCCGCAGGCCGACGGCACACUGCAUGCCCACCUUGAAUUUUGCGCGGCAGCCAAGCCCCGUCAACAUCGCAUCAACGCUCUUCCACACAGGUUACAGGGCACGGUUACAACAUGUUCUCAGAAGAGGACGUUCAGACCGUGUUUCGGUUAUUGCCUCCAGCAAAGCAGGCUCAAGAAGGAUCGGAACAGCUUCCGCCGUUGUUCCUCUCAUCCAGAGGCCAUGGGUGCAUUACUCGAAAACAUCUCUUGGAUCAAUUCAAGCGUCUAGCCACUAAAGAGACACAUCGAAUGCAUACUUCGGUCGUCAGCCACCAGCUAGACGUGGACAUCGAUACCGUUCUCCAGCUUGUCCGAGAACAUUCUCACCUGGCUUUGCUGAGCGAGGAUAGGCUCAGCGUCAUCAUGAAAGAGCAGCGCGAUUCCAUCGAACGACAUUUCCGAGACCUUGUCACGGAGAGCAUUGUGUCUAAGGCUGCAUUCUCCAAAGAUCACAAUGUUUCAAUGGAGAGCAUCGACGCACUCACUCACGAUAAAGAAUCGAGAUUACAUGAUGAUCUUCUCGAAAUUGAUGACCACCUGCUCACUAAGGCCUACCAGCAGACUCUCCAAGAAGCCAUGAAGGAAGGUCUAGAUCUCUCAUUGAAGAAUGCCGAGACCCUUGAACUGACGUCUCAGACCCUGCCAGGGGAACCUCCGAUAUGGUAUAUAUCGCGAAACCUUCAACAGCUUCUAGUGGAGACAGCCAUGGGGCCGCAAUUCCAUAUUGCUGAGAAGGCGGGCAUCGUCUAUUGCACUCCCAGGCAAUCAAUCUUGCAGAAACGGGAUGCAAAGAUCGCCGAAUUGCAGUCAGGGAGCCAUGCAUACAUUGACCUGCAAAGCUUUGCCAAGGAAUUCGGUGAGCUCUAUUCGUCCUACAGAGAUGUGCAAGAUCAGUUUGCCACAUUACCUACAAUCUUCUUGGCUGGCACAUCUGCAAUUUCUGAAGCCUGGCUCUCGAAGCUGGCCGACGAGUGCGUCCGUGAACUUGAAGCCAACGGCAGUGUAGAGUUAACGUCGGAGAUCGAGCCUGCGUUUCCAGCCGACAUUCAGAACGAAAUUGUAGACAAACUCGAGCGACGCGUCAGGACGACCUACGAACAGAAAUCGGACCCCAAACUUCAUCGGACGGGUACGUACAUCCUGACGACGAGGAAGUAUGAUUCGGUGUGUGACGAGCUUUCCCAAUCCGCAAAAGCACAAGCCACGGGCAAAUGGGAAGAACUUAAAGAGACAGCCGACAAGGAUCUCAAAUUCCAGAUCUCUGACAUACUCGCCGCUAUCCCUAGCGAUCGGCCUCUUUUGCGCGCUGUAACCGAAGAGAAGGGGACCGACAGGGUAAUGGAGGAGCAUUUCUGGAGCGAGAUAUCCGUUUUGGAAUCACAGAACGAGGAAGCCUUCUCUGCAUUCUGGAUCGAACGGGUGUUAUCGCGGGUGCACAACUACCGCGAGGGCUUACAGGCCAUCGAGGACGGGAAACUCCGAGAUCAACUCGCUGACCUCCUAUCUGCUCAUUUACAAAAGGAGCUCUUCUCGGAUGCACUAGCCAAGGCUCGUUCACAAGGGCUCGUUCGCAGCAGAAAGACCCGCAAGAAUGCUCAGAAACUGGAGAGUGCACUAGCAGAAGGGAAGGCAGAUCUCAAAAGCGCGGUCGCGGCGAUGGAGAAGUUUGGAAAGAAGCAGGGUGUACAGGAGCCCGACCCCGCAUCGCUGGUAGAGGCCAAGAAGGCCUUGACCGGCGACAUGAUCCGGAGAAUGCAGAAGCCAAAGACUGAACCUCCGGUCAUGUUUCUAACCCUGAUUAUUGUCCUCUUCGCCAGGCAGUACCCCGGUAUUGUCUACGCAACGGGUAAAUUCGCACCGAAGCUGCUCAAGCUACUCAAAUCGACCUUAAGCGCCGAGCAAUACGAACGACUGGAGCACUGGAAGGAGCAAGCCAAGGCGGGUACAUUGACGGCAGAGGAUAGGGAGGACAUGAGGCAGAUGGCGGGUGAGGGUUGAUUAUCUGUUGGCCCAUGCAGGCAUCCGUGGUCAUACCAUUUGGAGUUGCCGUGAGAAAGGCGGUCUGCAGUGCACGCUCCGUGUCACAUUGGAGAAUAGAAGCUGCGUGAACGGCCACCGUGACAGGAGGCUGUGGAAUGACUGGUCAAGGGAGCAUGAUGAAGCAAUCGCAGCUCACUCUUGCGUGCUACCUGUUUACCAUAGGUGCGUUACGGCAAUCAAACAGUUCAAUCAUCC